CAAAUUGUGAAUGUAUAGAAUUAAAUGAUAGAGAGGAAAUAUAUAUAAUUGCAUGCCUGCUCUUCUCCAAAUCUACAGGCAGGUUUUUCUAUUUUUUCCCUCUCCUAGCUGAAUCCAUUUUUCAAAGAAAAACUUGCAAUGGAUAACCGGAGUCGUUGCAAACCAGUUAUGAGGCGCAAGAACCCUUCAUUUUCCUCGUCCCUCCUCGACCACAUUUAUCAUUCUAUCGAUAAUCAACCACCAACAGGAGCAGCAACAGCAGCAGAAGAAGAACGACAUCAGAAGCUUGGGAAGAAAAAGAUGGAGCAAAACGCGGACAUGAUGCUCUUGGAAAAAACAGCUGGCAGAAGAAAAUCAGCCAGUGCUGAAUACUACGGUGAUCUGAGCUCAAAUUAUUUUCCGCAAUCCUUUAGCCUCAACUCCUGCUCCACCUCUUCAGAUUCUUCGUUCUGGACGUCAUCCGAGUCAGAAACUUCUAAGUCAUAUAAACCGAAACUAGCAGUAAAAACAAGUUUUUCCUGUCAACAACACCAGGAGAGGAAGCCAAAGAACGAAUGCGGAGGUUUUGUCAAGGCCAAGUCCAGAGCAUUGAAGAUGUACGGCGAUCUGAAGAAGUCGAAACCGACUCAGCCAAUUUCACCAGGCAGCAGACUUGCUAAUUUUCUCAAUUCUCUGUUUACCACAACAGGAAACAGUAAGAAAGUGAAAAUCAACGACACAAAAUGUACAUCCGCGAAUGCUGCGUCAGCGUCUUCCAGUUCCAGGUCAUGUUUAAGCAAGGCCCCAUCUUCACGAGGGAAAUUAAGUGACGGUGCCAAAAGGUCUGUCAGGUUUUAUCCAGUAAUCAGUGUGAUGGACAAUGGAAUUAGGCCGAGUAAAGAUACUAUUCCUGCCAGGAACUCAGUAUGUGGCGAAGAAAUCAUGGAAAGGAAUCGGCGUGCUAGGGAAGUGUUGGACAACUAUGAGAAGAGACUGGAAGAACGUCGGAUGAUGAAUAACAAUGACGAUGACGAUGAUUGUGAGAGUUGUACGAGUUCUGACCUGUUUGAGCUUGAUAACCUUGAUUCUGUAAGCCAAAGGUAUUGCGAGGAAUUGCCUGUGUAUGAAACGACAUCGCUUGAUGCAAACCGAGCUAUAGCUCAGGGCUUGACUGUGUGAUUGUUAAGAUUUUAAGAUUGGUGUUUGAUCAUGUAGAGUUUCCAUUGCAUGAAGAUCAAUGAAAUAAGAUUACUCUUUUUUC